CCUCUCUUUCCUCACUCCAGACAUGGGUUUCCUGUGGAGCUGGUGGACACUCUGGGCCGGAGCAACUCUCCUGGGGGGGUUGACCCAGAAGGCCUCAGGGUACGCCAGCAACACCGGAGGGGAGGAAUUCCUCACGGCCUUCCUGCAGAACUACGAGGCCGGGUACGGCAAGUCCUUCCUCCACCUCCUACUCACCACCCUGUCCAACAGCCUCACCUCAGUUACCAUCCUCAGCCAGGCAGAUGGCACCUCGCAGGAAGUCACGGUGAAGCCUGGGCAGUCGGCCAUGGUCAACAUCAACAUCAACAUUGAGUUGACUGGCAGCAAAACCUCGCCGCAUGUGGUGCUGGUCCGCUGUGACCACCCCAUCUCUGUGCAAGCCAUAAACGCUAAGCCCAACACAGGGGAGCUGACACUGCUGCGGCCUACCAGUGCCCUGGGCUCCGAGUAUUUUGUGUUCACACCCCCCAGCAUCUCGUCCGAGAAUGUUAAGGAGUUUGCUGUGGUGGCUUGUGAGAAGGGUGCCUCAGUCAGUGUGCAGCUGAAGGGGGAAGUGACAUUCGAGGGCAAGCUCUAUCCCGCAGGCAGUGUCUUGAGUGUGACUCUGGAACCCUAUCAGGUGGUCCAGCUGCAGAGUACGGAUGAUCUCUCAGGGUCAAAGAUCACAGCCAAUGGCCCUGUGGCGGUCUUCUCUGGCCACAGCUGUGCCCAGAAACACACAGAGUGCAACCACGUGAUGGAGCAGCUGUUACCCACCUCCACCUGGGGCACCCAGUAUGUGGUACCCGUUCUAGGCUGCCAGACCCGCUUCGAUCUGGUCUAUGUCGUGGCCAGCCAGACCACAAAGCUGACCUACAGACUUGGGGACGUCUCUGGCUCCAAGACUCUCGAGGAAGGUGAUGUGUCUGAGUUUGAGGUCCGGAGUUCCCAGCCACUCUACUUGUCUGCAGAUGUGGGCAUCCAAGUCCUGCUGUUUGGCACAGGUGCCACAAAGGGCAGAAUUACCUAUGACCCCUACCUGGUCCUGAUCCCAGACGUGGAGGCAUACUGCCCUGCCUAUGCGGUCGAUAGCAUGCCGAACUCUAGCAUUGUGGCCGUCAUGAUGGCACAGACGAAGGCUGUUGAUGGGGUCACCAUGGACGGGAAAAGCCUGGGGGACAAUGUCGCCUGGAAAGAUGUACCAGGCAGUGAGUUCUCGUAUGCCGAAAUAGACAUCAGCCCGGAUAACACGGUCCACCAGUUCAAGGCCACUACCAACUUUGGACUGCUCAUCUUCGGGCUGGUCCAGUCUGGAGGUUAUGGGACAGCAGCUGCCUGCCUGGAUAACCCGGUGUCCAUGAAUAUGAAGAAGCACCCCUGCCAAGAUAUGCAGUGCCAUCCCUCGCAAUCCUGCCAAGUGGAGAACGGGCAGGCCAGAUGCGUACCGGUCUCCACGGCUACCUGCCGCGCCCAGGGUGACUCCCAUUACACCACCUUUGAUGGCCAUCGCUACGACAUGAUGGGCACGUGCUCCUACACGAUGGCGGAACUGAACAGCCAGGACCAGACUCUGCCCGCGUUCAGCGUGGAGGUCAAAAACGAGCACCGGAGCAGCCACCGCGUCUCUUGCGUGGGCUUCGUCGCCGUGCGCGCCUAUAGCCACUCCGUGUCACUGUUCCGCGGGGAAGUUGGCUUCGCCCGGAUUGACAACCAGCGCUCGAGGCUGCCUGUCUCCCUGGGCAAGGGUUGCCUCCGCGUGUACCACAGUGGGACACGGGCCAUUGUGGAACUGGACUUCGGGCUGGUGGUCACCUAUGACUGGAAUUCCCAGCUGGCAGUGAGCCUGCCUGCGCGCUUCAGCGGCCAGGUGUACGGAUUGUGUGGCAACUAUAAUGGCAACCCUGCUGAUGACUUCCUCACCCCCAACGGGGAGCAGGCUCCUAGCAUUGUGGAGUUUGCCAAUAGCUGGAAGCUGGAUGAUGGAGACUCCCUGUGUGAGGACGGCUGCGAGAACGACUGUCCCUCCUGCACCAAAGACCAGGCUCAGCAUUAUGCGAGCAGCAAUCUCUGCGGCACGCUGACCGAGACCAAUGGCCCCUUUGCCGCCUGCCACAAGGAUCUGGACCCCCAGCCCUUCCUGGAGGAGUGUGUAUAUGACCUAUGCGUGGCCAAGGGGGACCGGUUCAGCCUGUGCCGGGGCCUCAGCUCCUAUGCCCAAGCCUGUCUGGAGUAUGGCAUCUCUGUCAAGGACUGGAGGUCACCAGCCAACUGCCCCCUGUCCUGCCCAGCCAACAGCCGCUAUGAUUCCUGCAGUCCCGCCUGCCCUGCCUCCUGCAACCCCGACGCACUGCCAGCCGACUGCUCCGAGCGCCGGUGCGUGGAGGGCUGCACAUGCCUCCCGGACUUCGUGGCCAGCGGCGGUGCGUGCGUGCCGGCCUCGUCUUGCGGCUGCAUCUAUGAAGGCCGCCCGCUGGCGCCGGGCCAGCAGGUGUGGGCCGAUGACCAGUGCCGGCGGUGCUGUACCUGCGACGGCGCUACCAGGAAGGUGCAUUGCAAGGACACGCAGGGCUGCCCGGCCGGCGAGCGCUGCCUCGUGAAGAACAACCUCCUGGGUUGCCACUCUGAGCGCUUCGGGACCUGCCAGGCGUCCGGGGACCCGCACUAUGUGAGCUUUGACGGCCGGCGAUUCGACUUCAUGGGCACCUGCACUUACCUGCUGUCUGGCUCGAGCGGCCAGAACACGAUGCUGCCCGCCUUCCGGGUGCUGGUGGAAAACGAGCAUCGGGGCAGCCAGACCGUGAGCUACACGCGCGCCGUGCGCGUGGAGGCCCUCGGAGUGAAGGUGGAGGUGCGCCGGCAGUAUCCUGGACGAGUGCUGGUGGACGACAUCAUUCGGUACCUGCCCUUCCAGGCAGCAGAGGGGCAGGUGCAAGUGUUCCGCCAGGGCCAAUAUGCUGUCGUGCGCACAGACUUUGGCCUGACCGUAUCCUACAACUGGGAUGCCCACGUGACAGUCAAGGUGCCCGGCAGCUAUGCUGACGCCCUGCAUGGGCUCUGUGGUAACUUCAACGGGGACCCAGGUGAUGACCUGGCUCUGCGCAGUGAAGGCCAAGCUGCCAAUGCACUGGCUUUCGGGAUUAGCUGGCAGGAGGAGACCAGGCCCGGCUGUGGAGCCGCCGAGCCAGGUGACUGUCCCACGCUGGACUCCCUGAUAGCCGAGCAGCUGCAGAGCAAGAACGAGUGUGGGAUCCUCGCCGACCCUAAGGGCCCCUUCCGAGAGUGCCACGACACGCUGGAUCCAAAGGGUGCUGUGCGCGACUGUGUUUACGACCGCUACAUGCUCCCAGGCCAGUCUGGGCCACUGUGUGAUGCAUUGGCCAGCUAUGCUAAGGCAUGCCAGGCUGCGGAGGCCACUGUGUACCCCUGGAGGAGUGAGGAGCUUUGCCCGCUGAGCUGCCCGCCCCACAGUCACUACGAGGCCUGUUCCCACGGCUGCCCGCUGUCCUGUGGAGACCUUUCAGUGCCUGGGGGCUGCGGCCUUGACUGCCACGAGGGCUGCGUAUGCGACGAGGGCUAUGUACUCAGCGGUGACUCCUGCGUGUCCCUGCCCUCCUGCGGCUGCGUGUACCAGGGCGCCUACCACCCGCCAGGCCAGACCUUCUAUCCUGGACCGGGCUGCGAUUCCAUUUGUUACUGCCAUGAAGGUGGCAGGAUAAGCUGUAAGGCCUCCUCCUGUGGCCCACACGAGGUCUGCCGGCCGUCCGGUGGCGCACUGCGCUGUGUGGCUGUAGGCUCUGCCACCUGCCAGGCAUCGGGAGACCCCCAUUACACCACCUUUGAUGGCCGCCACCUUGACUUCAUGGGCACCUGUGUGUACGUGCUGGCUCGCAGCUCCGGGACCCAGCCAGGCCUGGAGCAGUUCACCGUCCUGCAGGAGAAUGUGCAGUGGAACAAUAGGAAUGUCAGUGCGACCAAAGUGAUCACUGUCCAGGUGAAGAACUUCAAUCUGCGGCUGGAGCAGAUGCACUGGAAGGUCACGGUGAACGGUGUGGACAUGAAGCCACCGGUGGUGCUGGCACAGGGCUGCGUCAGCGCCUUCCAGCAUGGCUUGGACAUGGUUAUCGAGACUGGCUUUGGCCUGCGUGUGGCCUACGACCUCAUGUACAAUGUGCGGGUCACCAUCCCAGGCAACUACUACCAGCACACGGGUGGCCUGUGCGGGUAUUACAAUGGUGACCCCGCGGACGACUUCCGGAAGCCCGACGGCUCGCAGGCAGGUGACACCAAUGAGUUCGGCAACUCCUGGGAAGUGGCCGUGCCUGGCUCUCCCUGCCUGCCACCGCCCACAUGCAAGCCCGGCGAGAACUGCAACCCGGAGUGCGCACCUGAGCUGCAGGAGAAGUACAAGCAGGAGGAGUUCUGUGGGUUCCUCAGCAGCCUCAAGGGGCCACUGGCCGCCUGCCAGAUGGUGCUCGAUCCCCAGGGCCUCUUGGAAGAUUGUGUCUUUGAUCUCUGCGUGGGUGGCGGGAGCCAGGACAUUCUCUGCAGCAACAUCCAGGCCUACGUGAGUGCUUGUCAGGCAUCUGGAGUUCACGUGGAACCCUGGAGGACCGAAUCUUUCUGUCCCAUGAAGUGCCCCACCCAUAGCCACUACGAGCUCUGCGUAGAUACCUGCUCUCUCACCUGCUCUGCACUCAGUGACACCCCACCGUGCCGAGAUAGGUGUGCUGAGGGCUGCCAGUGCGACGCUGGCUUCCUCAGUGACGGCGAAACCUGCGUGCCCAUCGAGAAAUGUGGCUGCUACCACCAUGGGGUCUACUAUGAGCCGGCGCAGACAGUAUUCAUUGACGACUGCCAGCAGCAGUGCCUGUGCUACCCCGGGAAAGGCCUGGUGUGCCAGAACUACAGCUGUGAACCAGACGAGAUGUGCAAGUCCUCGGCAGGCAUCCUGAGCUGCGUCAAAGACCAGUGCCAGAGUGUCAAGUGUCUGCCACAGGAGACAUGCCAGGAGAAGGAUGGCCAGUGCGUGUGCGUGCCCAAAUAUGAAGCCAGGUGUUGGCUAUUGAGUGACCCCCACUACCAUUCCUUCGACGGCUGGAACAUUGACUUCCAGGGCACCUGCAAGUACGUGCUGGCAACAACCAACUGCCAAGGGGUCAACAACACGCAGGGCCUGACACCCUUCACCAUCACCACCAAGAAUGAGAACUGGGGCAGCCCCGCUGUGUCCUUUGUGAGGCUCGUCACUAUCAGUACUCUCAACUUCAACAUCUCCAUCCACAAAGGUGAAGUUGGCAAAGUCCGGGUGAAUGGUGUGCUGACAGCGUUGCCUGUCUCUGUGGCUGAUGGGCGGCUUUUAGUGACACAGGGAGCAUCAAAACUGGUGCUGGCAGCCGACUUCGGGCUGCGGGUCAGCUAUCACUGGAACUGGCGAGUGGAGGUGACGCUGCCCAGUAGCUAUUAUGGUGCGGUGUGUGGGCUCUGCGGGAACAUGGACGAAAACCCCAACAACGACCAAGUCUUCCCGAAUGGCACCCUGGCUCCCUCCAUACCCAUCUGGGGCAGCAGCUGGCGAGCCCCAGGCUGGGACCCACUGUGCUGGGAUGAAUGUCAAGGGUCCUGCCCAACCUGUUCUGAGGAUCGGCUGGAGGAGUACCAGGGCCCUGGCUUCUGUGGACCCCUGGCCGCUGGCAUGGGAGGCCCCUUUGCUGACUGUCAUGCCCAUGUGCCACCUGAUAGUUUCUUCAAGGGCUGCGUUCUGGAUCUCUGCCUGGGCGAUGGGGCCCAGGACAUACUUUGCCAGUCUCUGGCUUCUUAUGCUACUGCCUGUCAGGCCGCUAGCAUUGUCAUCAAGGACUGGAGGACACAGGCAGGCUGUGAGAUCUCCUGCCCCCACAACAGCCACUAUGAGCUCUGUGGCCCAUCCUGCCCAGACUGCUGUCCACCCCCUGUUCCCCCUAUGGCACCAGCCCCAUGUGAGGGCCCCUGCGCUGAGGGCUGCCAGUGUGACGCAGGCUUCGUAUGGAGCGCCAACCGCUGUGUUCCUCUGGAUGGCGGCUGUGGCUGCUGGUCCAAUGGCACCUAUCAUGAGGCAGGCAGCGAGUUUUGGGCUGAUGCCACCUGCUCCCAGAGGUGCCACUGUGGGCCUGGGGGUGGCUCUCUGAUCUGCAAACCUGCCAAGUGCGGGCUAGGAGAAGUAUGCGCCCUGCUGUCGUCAGGCCAGUAUGGCUGCCAUCCUGUCAGCACAGCUCAGUGUCAGGCUUGGGGUGAUCCCCAUUACAUCACCCUGGAUGGGCACCGAUUCGACUUCCACGGUACCUGCGAGUACCUGCUGAGUGCACCCUGCCGUGAACUACCGGCGGGGACCGAGAACUUCACUGUCACUAUAGCCAAUGAACACCGGGGCAGCCAGGCCGUCAGCUAUACCCGCAGCGUCAUCCUGCACAUCUGCAAGCACAACCUGACCCUCAGUGCCCGCUGGCCCCGGCAGCUGCAGGUGGAUGGCAAGUUCGUGGCGCUACCCUUCCAGCGGGAACCCCUCCUGCAAGCUCACCUGAGCGGCACUGACGUGGUAGUGACCACAGCCAGCGGGCUUUCGCUGGCUUUCGACGGGAACUGCAACGUGCGCCUGCGCGUGCCGGCGGCGUACGCGGGCUCCCUUUGUGGCCUGUGCGGGAACUACAACCAGGACCCCGAGGACGACCUGAAGGCGGUGGGCGGGAACCCUAGCGGCUGGCAGGUGGGCGGCGACGCGGCCUGCGAACAGUGCGAAUCCGGGCCGUGCCCCACGCCGUGCACGCGCGAGCAGCAGGAGGCCUUCGGAGGCCCGGAGGCCUGCGGCGUGAUCUCUGACCCUGAUGGCCCACUGGCACCCUGCCACAACCUCGUGCAGCCCGAGCAGUACUUCCAGGCCUGCUUGCAGGACGCCUGCCAGGCUCAGGGCCAUCCGGGAGGCCUCUGCCCUGCCGUGGCCGCCUACGUGGUAGCCUGCCAGGUCGUUGGGGCCCAGCUUGGCGAGUGGAGGCGGCCAAACUUCUGUCCCCUCCAGUGCCCUGCCCACAGCCACUACAAGCUCUGCGGUGACUCCUGCCCUGUGAGCUGCCCGAGCCUCUCCCCGCCCGAGGGCUGUGAACCAGCCUGCCACGAGGGCUGCGUCUGCGAUGCCGGCUUCGUGCUCAGUGGCGACACCUGCGUGCCUGUGGGCCGGUGUGGCUGCCUCUAUAAGGGCGAGUACUACCUGCUGGGUGAAGUCUUCUACCCAGGCCCUGAGUGCGGGCGGCGCUGCCAGUGUGAGCCAGGCGGCCAUGUCAGCUGCCAGGAGGGCAUAGCCUGCAGGCCUCAUGAAAAGUGCCGGCUAGAGGAUGGUGUCCAUGCCUGUCAUUCGACAGGCUGUGGCCGCUGCCUGGUCAAUGGAGGCAUCCACUACAUCACCCUUGAUGGACGUGUCUAUGAUAUGCAUGGCUCCUGCUCCUAUGUCUUGGCCCAAGUCUGCCGCCGAGAUCCUGGGGACGAGCGCUUUUCCAUUGUACUUGAGAAGAAUGCGGCUGGAGAUUUUAAAAGCCUGCUAGUCAAAGUGGCUGGCCAGACUGUGAGACUGGCUCAGGGCCCACAUGUCACUGUGGACGGCGAGGCUGUGGCCCUGCCUAUGGCUGUGGGCUGUGUGCGGCUGACGGCUGAGGGCCGGAACGUGGUUCUGCAGACCACCAAGAAGCUGCGGGUUCUCUUUGAUGGUGACGACCACAUCAUCAUAACCAUCCCCGGCUCCUUCCGGGACCGGCUCUGUGGUCUCUGUGGGAACUUCAAUGGCAAUUGGAGCGAUGACUUUGUCCUGCCCAAUGGCGCUGUGGCCCCUAGCGUGAAUGCCUUUGGAGCCGUGUGGCGGGUGCCCAGCUCCUCCCAGAGCUGUGACGAGGGCUGCGGGCCCCAAGGCUGCCCUGUGUGCUCAGCAGAGGAGACAGCGCCAUAUGAGAGCAACCAGGCCUGCGGGCAGCUCCAGGACAGCCAGGGCCCCUUCGCGGCCUGCCAUGAAGUACUGAGCCCCUCUGAGUACUUCCGCCAAUGCGUGUAUGACAUGUGUGCUCAGAAGGGCAAUAGCACCUCCCUCUGCCAUAGCCUGGCCGCCUACACGUUGGCCUGCCAGGCAGCUGGCAAGACCGUGAAGCCCUGGAGGACAGAAAGCUUCUGCCCGCUCCAGUGCCCUGCCCACAGCCACUACUCCAUCUGCACUCACUCCUGCGAGGGCUCCUGCGCGGCCCUCUUUGGCCUCAUGGGCUGCACCGACCGCUGCUUUGAGGGCUGUGAAUGCGAUGACCACUUCCUGCUCUCCCAGGGCUCCUGCGUCCCCGUCCAGUACUGCGGCUGCACCCAUAACGGCCGAUACUUGCCGGUGAACUCCUCCCUGAUGAACUCAGACUGCAGCGAGCGCUGUUCCUGUUCCUUAAGAACCGGUGUGACAUGCCAGGCAACCGGCUGCCCUGUAGGCCACGCAUGCAAGGUCGAGGCCGGGACCCGGGACUGCUGGGUCCCCGCUGGUCUCUGUUCCCUUUCUACGGGCACCAACAUCACCACCUUCGAUGGGGCCCACACUAGGAUCAGCAUCCCUGGCAUCUACGGGCUCUCUUCCACCUGCCCAGGACUAGAGAAGACCAUCCCCUGGUACCGUGUGCUCGCUAAUGUCGACUCCUGCCAUAUUGAUGACGAAAAUGUGAGCCAGGCUCACAUCUUCUUCCAGGGCGGCCUGGUGACCGUGACCACACGCAAGGGAGUCUGGGUGAAUGGUGUCCGAGUGGCUCUCCCAGCUAAGGUGUUACCUUCUGUGUCCGUGAGGCGGAAUCCUGACGGCUCCGUGCUAGUCCGCCAGAAGUCCGGGGUCCAGGUGCAGCUGGGCAUCAGUGGGCAGCUGACUGUGAUGGUCAGCAGUGACCAUGCUGGGAUGCUGUGUGGGGCGUGCGGAAACUUUGACGGGGAGCCGACCAAUGAUAAGUACCACUCCAGGGAGGAUGAUGCCACCGUGGAGCACUGGAGAGCACCGGACUUCUCGCCAUGUCACAUCUGAUCAGUCAUCCACUGGGAGCGAGGACUUCAGGACCUGAACCCUGGAGAUUGCAAUAAUGGAAGGACACGCUGUGUUACUGUGUGCCCCUUCCCUGCUCUCCCCUCUGCUGAGCCUCUGAGGCCGACUGUGAGAGCAUUGAAUAAAUAUCUUAAGCUAA